AUGCAGCAGCUCUUUUAUGAAAACUACGAGCAGAACAAAAAAGGCUAUAUCAGAGACCUCCACAACAGCAAGAUCCACCGUGCCAUCACUUUGCAUCCGAACAAAAGUCCACCUUACCAGUACCGGCUUCACAGCUACAUGCUGAGUCGAAAGAUAGCAGAGCUGCGAUACCGGACUAUUCAGCUGCACCGAGAGAUUGUCCUCAUGAGCAAAUAUAGCAAUACCGAAGUCCGUCGAGAGGACCUUCAGCUGGGAAUCGCGCCUUCCUUCAUGCGAUUCCAACCGCAACAGCGCGAGGAGGUGUUGGAGUGGGAAUUCCUGACAGGGAAGUACCUGUACUCCAUGGUAGAUGGGCAGCCACCUCGCCGAGGCAUGGACUCCUCUCAGCGUCAGGCCUUGGAUGAUGUCGUGAUGCAAGUCAUGGAGAUGAUCAACGCAAACGCCAAGACUAGGGGACGGAUCAUCGACUUUAAGGAGAUACAGUAUGGCUAUCGAAGAGUGAGUCCCAUGUACGGGGCGGAGUACGUCCUUGACUUGCUACUUUUAUACAAAAAGCACAAGGGUAAGAAAAUGACCGUCCCUGUUCGGCGACACGCUUACUUGCAACAGACCUUCAGCAAAGUCCAGUUUACGGAACAUGAUGAAACGGAUGCCAAAGACCUGGCCAGUAAAAUCAACCAGGAUUCAGGGUCCUUGUCUUUUCUCUCCAAUUCUCUUAAGAUGUUCGUCCCAUUCCAGCUGAGCAAGUCCAAAUCCGAGAAGACGGAAUCCAAAGACCAAAAGAUCAACAUCUUAAUUCCUCUUUCCGGACGCUUCGAUAUGUUUGUGCACUUCAUGGCCAACUUUGAAAAGACUUGCCUUAUUCCUAACCAGAACGUCAAGUUGGUUGUCUUGCUGUUCAACUCCAACUCGAAUCCCGAUAAGGCGCGUCAGGUGGAACUGAUGAGAGAGUAUCGUAUGAAGUACCCCAAGGCCGACAUGCAGAUUUUACCUGUUUCUGGAGAUUUUUCCCGAGCUCUGGCCCUCGAAGUAGGAUCUUCUCAGUUCAACAAUAGGUCUCUGCUCUUCUUUUGUGACGUUGACUUGGUUUUUACCGCAGAGUUCCUCCAGCGGUGUAGAGCCAACACGAUUAUAGGGCAACAGAUUUAUUUUCCAAUCAUCUUUAGCCAGUAUGAUCCAAAGAUUGUCUACAGCGGGAAAGUUCCGAGCGAGAAUCACUAUGCUUUUACACAGAAAACUGGCUUCUGGAGGAACUAUGGUUUUGGAAUAGCUUGUAUUUACAAGGAGGAUUUAAUCCGGGCAGGGGGGUUUGAUGUUUCUAUUCAGGGCUGGGGUCUUGAGGAUGUGGAUUUGUUCAACAAGGUGAUUCAGGCUGGUCUCAAGACGUUCAGGAGCCAAGAAGUUGGCGUAGUCCAUGUACAUCACCCGGUUUUUUGUGACCCUAACCUUGAUCCAAAACAAUAUAAAAUGUGCUUGGGUUCCAAAGCAUCAACGUACGGUUCUACGCAGCAACUAGCUGAACUGUGGCUUCAAAAACAUGAACCAAAUUUUGGGAAGAACACAGUUGCAAAUGGUUCCUUGAGGACAGCUUAAUAUCCCGGGAAAGGGGGACAUUUAGGAAAAAACAAAAAAAACAAAGACACUGUAUUGCAUUUUUAAAAAUUUACCCUAAUUUAUUUUUUCCUUUGAGGAAAAUGUUUUGAUAGUUGAUUUUUUUAAGAUGACCACAUAAGGGUAUAUUUUAGAAAUUCCAUUGUUUUCUUACGAGGACCUUUCCAGCUUUUUUUCUGAACAAAAACUGUGAUCAAACUUUGCCUUUCGGGGAAAAUGCAAAUAAUAAUUACGGGGGCUAACAUAUUAGGACUUGCCUGGUUCUGACAACUUGAAAUAAGUAUUCUCUUUUUUUUUGUUGGCUGAUAAACGGACCAAAUACGUUAAUAAAGGAGAAAGGAAGCUUAGAAUUUCUACACAUGGUACUUUUCAAAGCUCAAACUUAGUUGCUUGGGCAGUUCCGGUGGCAAUUAAAUGCAAGUUGGUAUAAAUGAUUCACCUAUUUUUUUUCCCCCAUCUGCAAGAAUGUGUAUGUGUGUUUGUGAGUGUGAGUGUGGGUGUGGGUAUGCGAGUGUGUAUCCAUAGUCCCCCUUGUUGACUAAUUUGCCUUCCAGAAUGCUUCAUUUGGUUGCCUCUUUCAGCCUUAAAAUGUCUUUAUGCUCAAAACGUUGUCAAGCAACCAAAACAGAUGUGGAAAACGAGCACAAUGUUGUUUAUAUACACUGUUGUCUAAAAAAAGAAGAAGGAGGAGGGAGAAAUGUACAUUUUUUUUCCUUGCCUGGGUCUAGAGCUGACUUUUUAAAAAAAUCCAUAUCAGGUUCUAAGUAAGAUUUUUUUGUAUAAAAACCGUCUUGAUGACAAAAGAACAAAGCUUUAGUUAAUAGAGAAGAAGGGCGAUUCUGUGCCAGAAGAAUCCACAAUUGUAAAUCCAAAACACUCCGAAUUAAAUAUGUUGGGAAAAAUAUUUAUUUCCCCCAUUGGUUAACAGUAUUUUGGUUGGGAACAAUUUCCUACAUUUCCUUUUGCUUAAUUUCCUUUCCUUUUCUUUUUCUUUUUGCUUUCUGUACUGUGUAGGGCUUUAAUUUAUUUAACAUCCUUUGUUUUUAGGUCCCUGUCUUUUUUAUUUUGAAUAAUUACUAGUCAUUCAUAUUUAUGUAUCAUAGAAAUGUAUUGCCUGUUCUUAACUGUUUUAAGGUUGCUUCCACCUCCUUGCUCUGCAGUAAACAGUUCCUCCAAAGA